AUGGAGUCCCGCAACGCGAUGGCCGAGCCAUCUAACAAACGGCCUCGGUCUCCGACUGGCGACCACGCGCCGCAGUCGAAAGUCCCCAAAAUGCAUUCUAAUCACCUUCAAAUCAACUAUCUUGCUCGCCAAUACCCUGAUAACCUUCCUCUGGUCGGCGCCGAUGAUACCAUGCCUGCGAUCAUUCACCUGAUCGCCGAGUACGAUGGAGUCCUCCACCGCCAUGAGAGUAUUGCUGGGAACCUCGGCGCAUGUCCUCUGGGUCCUAUUCUGAUCAAGCGCUUCGAGCGCCUGUUCGAUGGACCUCCAAAGGUGCUUAAGUCGCAUGGUAAAGAUGGACCUACGGUUACUUGGCUGGAUGUGGUUGAGUUCGCCAAAAACAAGCCAGAGCAAUUCAAUCUAGAGAAGUCUCGCAAUGGAGUGCGCGUCUGCCAAUUCUACACAAAGCAGUGUCGCGUGGAGAUCAGUGAGGAGGACUUUGUGUUGAUUGCUUCGGGCAUGCCUCAAAAGAUGAUUCCCCCGCAGCCGAUCAGCGAAGAUGAGGAGAAGGAACUGGGCGCAUUGGAGAUACUGGAGAAGAACCUUCAGCAAAUUAUCCAGAUGGCCGACCAAGUGUCUGCGCGAGCUCGCCAACUCAGUUACCGCUUGAAGAACCGCCGCACUGCCAUUGUGAGUCGCCGAGAGAAUGAUGCAACUCUUAAACCCCGUUCUACUGGAGAACCUUGGCGCGACCUCAACCGCCAGCCUGUCUCGGCGCACAAUGGACGUUCAUCUCAGGCGUCACCUCUCGGCAGCGGUUUUGUCGCUGUGAACGCUGCCAACCCAGCUCGGCCUGACGCCGAGGCCGCCGAAGACCACCCCCAGUUUGCAUUCUCUCACUCCAAUACCGAGAAUAUCACAAUCAUAAAUGGCACUUCCAUCAAAGGCGCAUCACCCACUACUCGUGCCGAUCUGAUGAAAAAGUUCUUUACUACAGCCGAUCGCCAGGCACGUGGCUACGAGGAUACAGCUCCGGCUCCAGCUACUACGCCUAACCCUCUACAACGUCCUCUACCACAACCCGCCGAAGCACCAGAAUACAACCCCACAACCAAUCCCUACAACACAGCCUCAACACCAGUAGCCAUACCAAGCACUCCAUCUUCUCUCCUUCCACCCCCAAAAGCCAGUAGCCAGGAAAAAGACGACGGCGGCCCAUUCAAGCUGGAAAUGGUAGCCCGCAUGGAUGAGCUCCAGCGCGGUGAGCGUGUUGUACCACCCUGCGAUCGAUGCCGUCGGCUUCACAUGGACUGUCUCAAGAAUCUAACUGCAUGCAUGGGCUGCACAAAGAAACAUGCGAAGUGUUCCUGGCGUGAUGUGAAGGAAGAUGAACUCCGUACGGUCUGGGCAUCAAGCUCAUCGCGUACCCGAGAGAGAAUGGACAGUGACCACGCAAGUUUCCAACAAAGAACCUCCCCAGCUGCUACAACCUCAGCUGCUACAACCUCAGCAGAACGACACGAACCCUUUGACCCUGUUUAUGCCCAUCAUACCCGUCGUGAAUCUGCACCCAGUGCUUCUCAAAUUACCCCGAAGUCUGCUGCGCCUGUUAAACUUCCUUCUCAGAAUAACUCGCCUCGCAGAGCAGUGAGUGAGACGGAGGGUGGCCAGUCGCACCAUGGUCCUGCUCAAAAUGCGUCGGAUGAGGACCCUGAUGCUAAUCAGCGAUUGAUGCAAGCUAUUCUUGAUACCGUGGAUCAUCAUAAGCGGGUUGCGGCUGCUGUGCAGGAGAAAGAACGAGGUGUCGAGCGUGGACCAGACCGAGGACCAGACCGUGGAGAUGUAUCUCAUGAUUGA